AACAGCCACACUCCCUCUUUCGACCCUCGCAGCCAUGCCGCUUUUCAGCAAGAACAGCCCCGGCUCGCCGCUGAUGCCGCCGCCCUCGAGGGAGUACAUCGCAAAGGCGCGCGCGUCGCCGCCCAAGAAGCUCGCUCCUCUCGCUCUGCCGUCCGCAGACAUCAGCGACGACGCGGCGAAGGUGCCUCGCGGCAAGAUCGAGAUGCAGCCUGCACUGCUCGCGGAGUUUGCCGGCCUGAUCGAUGCCAUCGGUCCCGCCAUCUGCCAGCUCCUGCCGGGCGAGGCCGGCCUCGCCAAGGGUCUCCAGCACAUCUUCAAGGCCGUGGUGGACGCCGCGGGCGGCUCGCUCGAGGCCGUCGCCUGCCUGCUCAAGGAGCUGUCCACGGGGCACCUCUUCGACGGCAUCAAGCAUUUCCUGAGCAACAUCGCGACGACGGUUGGCUGCACGCUCGACGAAGUCUACCAGGCCGUGCAGGCGCUGCUCGGCGGCGUGGAGGACCUGACCGGCUCGAUCGGCAAGAUUGUCGAGUGCAUCCUCAAGAAUGUCGGCGAGCUGCUCUCCGAGAUCAAGAAGGGAGUUGUCGCGCUCCUCAAGUGCAUCCUUCCGACCAAGCUCUUCGCCAGCAUCGAGGCGCUCGUGGGCGGCAUUCUCCGCGAGGUGUCCAGCCUCGUCGACCUGCGCUGCCUCUUUGAGAACAUCGAGCACCUCCUGUGCACGGUCUUCUCGGCGGUGCGCUUUCUGCUUCAGAACGUGGCGUCGAUCGUCUUUACCAUCCUCUGCGACACGAAGAAGGUCGUGGAUGGCGUCCUCGUUGCGACGGGCAAGGUUGUCAGCGACGCCAUGGGCCUCGUCAAGGAGGUCCUGGGCGACGUCUUCCGCCUGGUCAGGCACGCCCUGUGCGAGGUCGCCAUCUUCCUGCGGGGCCUCUUCGGCGGCGUCUCGGGCUUCCUCUGCCACCUCCUGCUCGACAUCGAGCAGCUGCUCUGCUCCAUCCUCGGCGGCCCGCACCACUGCCUCGGCGCCGUCGACAAGAUUGGCUGCGCCAUCGGCAAGGUGUUUCCGGCCAUCGAGCAGAGCGCGCUGUGCCUCUUCGGCCACAUCCAGCGCAAGGGCGUGGACAGCAAGGGCGCGCUCAAGCUCUGCCUGCACGAGGUCUCCGGCAACUUCCUCUGCGAUCUCUUCACCGAGCUCAAGGGCUUCCUCGAGAUGGUUGCCAAGGCCGUCGGCUGCACGCUGUCCGACGUCUUCGCGGCGGUCCGGAUGAUCCUGAACGGCGUCGCGUGCGAGACGAGCAAGAUUGUGAGCUACAUCCUCGCCAACGUGGGCUGCCUGCUGGAUGGGGUCAAGAAGGCCGUCGUCUGCCUCCUCAAGAAGGUGCUGCCGGCGGGGCUCUUCUGCAGCAUCGAGAAGCUCCUCUCCACCAUCCUCUGCAGCGUCGCCAACCUGGUCGACCUGCGCAAGCUCUUCCGCGGGAUCUGGGGCCUCGUGGGCGAGGUGCUCUGCUUCACCAAGUUCCUGCUCGCGGGCGUCGGCUGCCUCGUCCGGGAGAUUCUCACCGAGAGCGGCGAGCUCGUCAACGGCGUCCUCUGCAAGACGGGCAAGGUGGUGCACAACACGCUCGAGCUCGUCAAGGAGGUGGUGGGCGACGCGCUGUGCUACGUGCACGGCCUGCUGGAAAAGGUCGGCUGCUUCGUGGAGGAGCUGCUGGGCAGCAUCGACACCUUCCUCUGCUGGCUCUUCACCGAGGUCUCCAAGCUGGUGGGCGCCAUCCUGCACGGCGUGUCUUGGAUCCUCGGGCAGGUCAACAAGAUCUUCCCCGCGAUCUGCGCGCUGCUGCCGGGCAUCGACGGCGUCGUCAGCGACAUCCUCUCGGGCGUCGCCUGCGUCGUCCAGGACGAGCUCGAUCAGGUCAAGCUGCUUCUCGAGGCGAUCGGCUGCGCCGUGGCGAAGAUUCUGAAGCCGAUCCGGUGCUUCCUCGAGUUCAUCGCCAAGGAGGUGGGCUGCACGGUGAAGGAGGUCUUCUGCGCCGUCAAGGCGCUGCUGUGCGGCGUCGGCGGCCUCGUCGGCAAGACGCUCAGGAUCGUGCAGUGCAUCCUCGCCAACGUCGGCCGGCUCGUUCAGGACGUGCUCGCGGGCGUCGUCUGCUUCCUGCAGAAGCUCAACCUGCCGUCGAUCGGCGAGAAGAUCGCGGCGCUUGUCGGCACCAUCCUCUGCGAGGUGAGGGACCUGGUGGACCUGCGCGGCCUCUUCUGCAAGAUCGCGGCGCUGCUGCACGGCAUCUUCGACUUCACCUGCUGCCUGCUCAAGAAUGUCGAGUGGUUGGUCUGCACCAUCCUCGGCGACGUCACGGCGCUCGUCCGCGACGUGCUCGGCUAGGCCUGUGAGCCACAGCUGCGCGGCGCCACGGCUAGGCUUCUCUACGGCGUCAUCGUCGACGUCGCUAGCGUCCGACGCGUCGAUCGGAGCCUGCUGCACCGGCCUCGACCGUCGCAUGACAUGGGCGAGCGGUUGUCGGUUACGCUUGGAGGGCCAGAAGCCGUUUUUGUGUGUGCGCUGCUCGCAACAUGGGUGUCGCGCACUCAUCCAUGACCGGCCUCAAAUGUCCCACCCCCCUGCGCGCGGGCUUUCUAGGCCUGUGGUAGUCUCCCCCCAUUCCCAGGGCCUCCAGGGCUCACACACACCUCAACCUCUCACAUAGACCAGCGCGCAGCGCGAUCGAUAGGAGGUAUUUUCUUCUCGACAACCAGGUCUGUGUAUCCC